AGGUAGUUGUGUGCUGGUAGCCGCUGUUGGAGCGCAGGUAUGAGGAAUACAAAAAAAAUAUAUGUUCAAAGAUCAUAGGCAUUCCCUUUCCUAGAAUAAGAAAAACGACUCACCACGGACAAGAGUAUCACUACAAUACGCAGAGUCGCUCCAUUGCACAAAAACAGCAACGAAUCGAGGCAGCAGAUGAAAAAAUUAGCGCAUCAAUUCCACAACCUUCCGAUGGACACGAGGCUAGAGAGUUGUCACUACCCCACACCUCCACCACACCAAGAAGAAGAACAGACCUGAUUUCAGCGGUGGAUUUUGCGGUAGUGAAAGAGAAUACUAAAAUGAUGCUCGCUUUCGGUAGUAGCGCAUCUUCCUCCUCGCGGAAGAGACCAAGUACAAGAAGCGACCUUAAGACGUUCGAUUUCUCGCACAAAGCAGGGGGAGUCUUGUGCAACUUGACAACAACAACGAGAACAACACGCUUGCUCGCUCUCUCGUGUCUUGCAGCCGAUGUUUCCGGAUUGUCUCUUCAUAAUGAAGCUCACCACAGAAGAUUUUCUCAAGUUCCCCUUCAGGGUUCACCAGUGGCAGAAGAUGACCAAAAAUCGACGCUGAACCGCAUGAAAAAUAAGGCGGCACUCGAUGCUAAACUCCACAGGCUGUUGGUUCCAUCAUCUUCCAAAAGUAUUUCAUACGACGAGCAUAAUAACGAAGUAACGGUAACAAGAACAAGAAGAACAGAAGCAGAAGAUAAUCCGGAUGAAGAACAAGAACAACAAUCUGCCGUUUCCUCUACUUCUCUUGCCAGCAAUAGAGAGCAAGGACAGGAGGAAAACAUCGACGAAUCAUCACGAGAACACGUCAUGUUCAAGAGUGAAGUCGAAGCGCAACAAAUGAUAGAGGAUGCAAAUCACGGUCUUGCAGUGAAUCAGAGGAGUCGGCAAGAGACAAGGAAGACUCCUGUCAAUAAAAGUAAAAAAAGCACCUCCGGCAGCGCCGCUACUUCAACCUCAAAGAAGAAGCAUAAAAAAGUUGAGCAAAACAGACGGUUCAGCCUUGGCUCUGGUGCAUCGUCCUCAGCUAACUCAACUCUUACAUCAAAAAAACGGAUGACGUGGGGCAACAAAUGUCCGGUAGAAUACAUAACGAAGGAAGGAUGUUGGAGCUACGAGGCUUGGGGAUGGACGCUCAACUAUUUCGCGGGUGGCGAGAGCCACGAUAUGUCACGUCAAUGUCGGGAACAUUGUCGCGGUUUGUGCAACCAAUUGACUGGUAUCUAGUCCCAGUAAGAGUAACAGACCUAAUAACUUCUAGUUCAAGAAUUUAGUGUAGUUUUUUUGGCAUUUAAAUAAACGAAAGUAGGAUAGGAUACUUCUUGGCUCAGCUAGAGACUAUGACUUCUUCAGCCUUUGACGUUGAUCACGUAUUUCUACUCAAAUUUCCAGCGAUCCGAUUUCCGGAGUGGAACGGAACGGGGCGUGCGAUUUCCACGGCAGACGCGUACGAUCCCAACAACCAAAGUUACACAGCCAAGUAUCUCGCUUUCCCGUGGUCGCACGAAACGCAGAAUGCUCCUCUUGCAACGCCGGGUUUCAACGGGACUACUCUGAAUUGUUCCUCCAGCGUCGAUAAUGUAACAUGGGCCGAAAACAACUGCAGCCAAAGACAGACUUUUCCAUGGUGCAAAGACUGCGGAGCGAAGCUAACACAUUAUGAGACAAUGACUGGUUGACCUUGAUCACAACAGAGAUUUUAAGCAAUGAGGGAGUCGCCAUCGAGCGGUAUGGCAAUGCCUUCAGCACUUGUUGCAGCCGUCGGCAUAGUUAGCCCGUUGAGUAUCAACUACACCACCUAGAUCACUCGUAGCCCGCUUUUCGUUUUGUCCACGAUGGAGAGACAACUGAGAUUUUCUUAGCAUACGGCCUUGGCGUCACCGAUAUACUUUACUGUUCCUCUCCAACCUCGUGCUCGUUGAAAAUAAUUUUAUCGCCAUUUCUAACAGUCAAAUUGGCCUCGUUCGAUAGGCGCGCCGCCGAUGCCCUUGCAUUGCACAAGCUUCGCCUACACUUACGACGAAAUCCCAAAUCAAGACGCUGGAAUCACACUCUCACUUGAAGGCUGGGACACGAAGGUUUGGUAUGCGCAUCUUUUACACAACGCGGGUAACUGCCACUGUCUUUUGAGGCAGGGUUUUGAUUAUAUUCCGGUCGGAGAAACGGGUGCACCGUGCUGCGUGCGGGAGGGUGCGCCAAUGUAG